CACACUCGCUCCUUGUUGUGAUGGUUUCAGACUUUGGAGACAGGGCUGGACUUGGUACAGGCUCAUUGCCACAGCGCUCGAGGCACCGGACUUGAGCACCGCGGUACUUAGACGUGGCCUUACGCACGCGGUCCCUGGUAGACGCCGAGGGUCUUCCGCACUCGAGAGGUCAAGAGCACAAUCAGCAUGACGGGAGGGAUCUGACCGAAGUCGUGGCGAAAACCAGGCCUGCUUUGCGCUCCUUCUUUUGGCUCUAAGAGAUUGAAAGCGACAAAUGAUUCCAUUCAGAGCACCUUGGCUUCUUGGAACAUUAGGUUGUUACGAUUGCUGUGUCCGCUGCCUUGGGGGGGUGCCAUAUGCAUCCCUGGUGGCCACACUGCUAUGCUUUUCGGGUGUGGCGCUGUUCUGUGGCUGCGGCCACGAGGCUUUGGCCGAGACGGAGACGCUCGUCGAGACUUACUUUGCCCGCAACCCGGAGGACUACAUCACCCUGGCUUCCUUUAUCGAGUAUUUCCAGUACGUCAUCUACGGCUUGGCUGCCUUCUUCUUCCUCUACUGUAUCCUUCUGCUGGCGGAAGGCUUCUACACCACUAGCGCCGUGAAGCAGACCUUCGGGGAGUUCAGGAGCACCAGAUGCGGCCGCUGUCUCAGUACAACGUUUGUCGUCGCGACGUACACCUUGGCUGUUAUCUGGCUGGUGGUGUUUGCCGUCUCAGCGGUGCCUGUGUACUUCUUUUACAACAUGGCCUAUGCAUGCCACACUAUUAACAUCCUUUCUGAGACAACGGCAAGCCUUACCCAGCAUGCCUGGGUGUGCAUUGAUGCCCGGCAAUUCGGACUUCUGCCGUGGAGUACAACACCUGGGAGGGUGUGUGGAUCCACCCUUGUAGCUGCUUGCAAAACUAAGGAGUUCUUCUUGACUUAUGACCUGUACAUAGCCGCCUUUGCAGGAGCAGGAGUCACCCUUCUAGCUCUGUUCCUGUAUAUUACCUCCACCACCUAUAACUUUGCCAUCCUGAGGUUUCUGGGCAGAAAGGGCAUACGGUGUUAGGCACUUCAUGUUGUUUUGAAGCAACUCCCCCCCCCACGUGCCCCACUUCGCUGCACUUUUCCUUUUGACCAGGCCUUACAGGGAUCAUCCAGGAGCCUCAUGAAACUCUUGCAUCCCUCCUCCACUUAGUGAACUGCCUAAAAACUGAGACAAAACCAUUGUUGUUUACUUGAAGGGCUCCCAGGACUGAAAUGUGAUUAUUUGCUGAAGAGAAGUCUGAGUUGAAUACACAGCUCCUGUACAUUCCUGUAUAAUAUGUAGCCACUAACUUCAUUUUCAGAUAUUCUAAGAGUGCCAUUUUCUUUUCAUUAUGUACUUAAUGUUUUCUUUUUUUUUUUUAAAGCUAGUCUAAUGCUGUUUAUAUGUUGCAAGGAAAUGUCUGCAUAACAGUCUCUACUCUCUUUAUAUGCAUAAGUGACAAGGGAAGAGAUGCAUGAAAGCAUGAAAAAUUGAAAUGCUACACAACCAAUAAUUUAAUAAUUCUGAAUACUAUAUAAAACAUUGACCCUGAAAAUUACACCGCAAUAAUAAAAA